GGGCCGAGCGGAUCGCGGCGCGGGCUGCGGGUGAGGGGCGGGUGAGGGGCGGCCGGGCGCGGAGCCCGGGAGCGGAACCCAGUCCGUGCCGCGCGGCGCCAUGAAGGGCAAGGAGGAGAAGGAGGGUGGCGCGCGUCUAGGCGCCGGCGGCGGCAGCCCAGAGAAGAGUCCGAGCGCGCAGGAGCUCAAGGAACAGGGCAACCGGCUCUUCGUGGGCCGCAAGUACCCGGAGGCGGCGGCCUGCUACGGCCGCGCCAUCACUCGGAACCCCCUGGUGGCAGUGUACUAUACCAACCGGGCCCUGUGCUACCUGAAGAUGCAGCAGCCAGAGCAGGCUCUGGCCGACUGUCGGCGAGCCCUGGAGCUGGAUGGGCAGUCCGUGAAGGCACACUUCUUUCUGGGUCAGUGCCAGCUGGAGAUGGAGAGCUACGACGAGGCCAUUGCCAAUCUGCAGCGAGCUUACAGCUUGGCCAAGGAGCAGCGGCUCAACUUUGGGGAUGACAUCCCUAGUGCUCUGCGCAUCGCCAAGAAAAAACGCUGGAAUAGCAUCGAGGAGCGGCGCAUCCACCAGGAGAGCGAGCUGCAUGCCUACCUCUCACGGCUCAUCACUGCAGAGCGCGAGAGGGAGCUGGAGGAGUGUCAGCGGAACCACGAAGGUGAUGAGGAUGAUGGCCACGUCCGUGCCCAGCAAGCCUGCAUCGAGGCCAAGCACGACAAAUACAUGGCGGACAUGGAUGAGCUCUUCUCUCAGGUAGACGAGAAGAGAAAGAAACGAGACAUCCCUGACUACCUGUGUGGAAAGAUCAGCUUUGAGCUGAUGCGGGAACCCUGCAUCACGCCAAGUGGCAUCACUUAUGACCGCAAAGACAUUGAGGAGCAUCUGCAGCGUGUGGGCCAUUUUGACCCUGUGACUCGGAGCCCCCUGACCCAGGAACAGCUCAUCCCCAACCUGGCCAUGAAGGAAGUCAUCGAUGCAUUCAUCUCUGAGAACGGCUGGGUGGAGGACUACUGAGGACCUCGCCCCAGAGGGUCCUGAGGCAGAAGCCCCAGAACCUGUACAUAGUUUGUGUCUCUGGGCCCAUCCCCAUCAGUUCUGCUGGUGGGCUCUGGACUGCUCCCUCUUUCAGCAUAGCCCUUGCUGGGCCAUGAGCCUCCCCUGUCCCUUUCUGGGCAGGAAAAGCAGGUGAGGGUGGGCUGGGCUGAGGCCCCUGCUGCUGCCACUGUCUCUGUAAUAAAAUCUGUGAGCACUACA